UGCGUCGAUAUGUUUCGUGUCUGAAAUUCCAGAAGUUUUUUCAGUUCCUCCUUAUCAUGUGCGUUCCAGUCGCGCUGGUGGCUGCAAUUCUAGUCGUUGCGAAUGAGGAUUUUGACACGGUCGAUAGUCUGUAUUGGAGCGUGGUCAUGUGCACAACAACGGGGUAUGGAGAUUUAGCGCUUUUGGACGCCGAUGUGCACUGGGUGUGGGCGAUCUUAGUCAUUUUUUCGACCUUCUCAUUCUCGGUUGGCAUUGCAAAUCUCGCGUCUCUCGAUUUAGUCAUUGAGCAGAUCUACGGCCGUGCGAACUGU